AUGGCUCCUGAUCCAGAGCAGCCAGCUGCUAUCAACGCUAUACCACCCAGCAGUGCAGCGACGAUCGACAAAAGGCUUACCCUUCCUCGUAGCCCACGCAAGACCUCUUUGCGUCGUUCCGCCCGCGCCUCUCGUCCUUUGCACAACCACUCUAACGACGAGGACGGAGACCGGGACAACGAAGACUGGGACAGACAUGCAGUCGGGCUGUACGACCCGGCCCACUCUCUUUCCCGGCUGCCCACCGCCGGUCCGCUCCCCGGUUCCCCGAUCCCAGCCGCCGGUCACCUCUCCGAUUACCCGCUCCCCGCCGCCCAUCCUGAUUCCAAGACGUCCGCACCCCACUCCCUUUCCCCUGCACCUGACUCCGACGCAGGAGAAGGCGGGGAAAGAGGGUGGGUCGAGUCGCACAGCUCGACUGCAGGUUUGUCCCAGUCUUCGUCCUCGUCGUUAGAGAGGUCGAGCGAAGGACGAGAGGUGCGGGCGGAACGACGCAAAGGGGUCUUGAGUGGGCUGCGAGGAAGGACAGGCCACAGCGCUGUCCGCCAUGUCACACUGAUGGACUGGGAUUGUUACCUUAUUAUUGAUGAAUUGGAUGUCAAUGCCAUCGUCCCCUUCUCCACUCCCCUUCUCAAAGUCUUGUCUAUCCGCCCCCGGCUCGUAUUGAGCAAACACAUUCGACGACGAUGCUGGUCAUGCAGAGGCGGACACUGGGGAUGA